AAUUUCGGAAUCUGUUACUAAGACUGAAAAGUCUAGAACAGUAACGAGAAAUAAACUUAAGAAUGACGAUUCUCUGGCAGAAAUUGCCCUUGGCUCUAUUCGUAGUCGCCAUCGGGUUCGUUUGUUCGAUUAACGGAGCCAGUAUUGUUUCUCCUCCGAAACCCCCUGCGCACAAAUGUGAUGAGGCCACUUGCGUAAUUGGACGCUUAGAAAGCGCCGCACAAAUUAUGAAGCACCGCGACACGACUAUAAACCCCUGUGACAAUUUUUACCGAUACGUUUGCGGUAAUUUUGAAGUACCAGAGGUCAGUUCAUCUCCAGAAUACCUUGAAGCAAUAAAAGAUAUGCUAUUAAAUACGAUGAUUGGUCUUGAAGCAGUGUUUACUGAGUACAAACCCUUCCAACUCAUUGAAGAAUUACACGAUACCUGCAUGAACGACAGUGCUCGUGGACCACAGGAUCUUGGAACAUUGAAAGAAUCUAUACUUUGGUUGGGCGGUUGGCCUCUUGCGGAAGGUGACAAAUGGAAGGAAGAUGAUUUUGAUUGGAUGGAAAUGGUUAAGAAAUCUAAACUACUUGGUUACAAUAUUAAUUAUUUGCUUGACUGGAACCCAGAAGUUGUAUUUGAUGGUGAACAUCAACAUGUUAUAUUCAAGCUUUUUACGGCCCCGACAUUUUUUGAAUUUAUGAUGUCCUCAGACGAUGAUCAUCAGACUUACAAAAAAUACAUGGCAGAAGUAGUAAAACUUCUCGAUGUUGAAGGCGACGUCACAGAGGAAUUAAACAAAGUCUUCGAGUUUGAGAAAAAAAUAUCUGAUUUAACUGAAGAAGCGAAUUCCGAUGAUGAUGAGAAGGAAGAAAUCAAGUCUAUCGAAGCGUUGAAAGAAAAAGUACCAAGUUUUGAUUGGGAUGAUUUCAUCGUCAAUACUUUGACAUCUUUUAUGGAUGUCGAUGAUGUGCCUGUUAUAGAAGCUUCAGACCCUGACACCCUGACAAAGUUAAUAGACCUUAUUAAGAACACCCCGAAACGCGUCCAAGCAAACUACAUAAUAUGGAGAAUGAUUCAAUACUCAGCUCCUUACUUGACCACCGAAAUUAGAGAAAAACAGAAAGAAUUUUGGGACGAAAUAGGUUACGUUGGAGCUCCACAUGAGAAGGAUUGCGAGGAAUUGGCUAAACAUUACAUGAAUGAAGCGGUUGAAUACUUUUUCUUGGAACAAUACAAGGAAGACAGAGAAGUAUUAAUAAAUAUUGCGCAAUCUAUAAAGAAUCAGCUGAUCAAAAUGAUGAAAGAUUCCACAACAUUGACUGCAGAAGAAAAAGAAAAGGGCGUUAAAAUCAUUACGGAUAUGCCAGUGACUAUCGGACCGUCCGCAAUAUUCGAUGACCCGUCAAAGUUGGAAAAAUUAUAUGAAAAUGCUAAGAUUUAUCCCGACAAUUAUCUAAAAACGCUAUUGAGAAUGAAUACGUUCAGACUGUCACUGGACUACAGUAAUGACUUUAAUAAGAACUUUUAUAGAAGCGAAGAACAGGGGGGAGACAUAGGAGAGCCAGAUAAUUUCGAGAACCAGAUAUACAUUCCGACUAAAAUAUUGGACAGUCUUAUUUUCGAUAACGAGCGCCCAAUGUACAUGAACUACGCAGCUGCAGGUAUGAGUAUAGCCAGAGCAAUGUUUGAAAGCAUUCAAGAUCUAGGAGUCUUGAAGGAUAAGGUCCUAACUGAACAGGUCAUCUGUUUCAGUAGCAUACUUGGAAACAUAUCAGACCCUGAAACACAUAUUCCGGUAAUCCAUGAAGGCGCAUCAGGUAUAGCUGCCCAAUAUAUUGGAUUCCGAGCCGCCUACAAUGCAUACAAAGAUUACGUGGCCGAAAAUGGCGCGGAACUUCCCUUGCCCGAAGUUCCCUACACUCCGGAGCAGUUGUUCUGGAUUUCAUUUGUCGAACCGUUUUGUUCCGCCAACGUUGAAACGGAAGAUGACGAAAAUGUUGAGGGCACUUCAUUAAAACUCCUGGAGUUCACGUUGAUGAAAGUUCUUGCGAAUAUCCCGGAAAUUUCUACUGACUUCGCGUGUCCCGCCGGCACUCCAAUUAAUCCCGAGAAAAAAUGCGCCUGGUGGUAAAAAUAAACACCAGAAUUUAAACUAUAUUAUGAUUUUAUAAAAUUUAUUUGUAACAUUUUAUGAUGAAAAAUAAAAUUUAUUUCGUUCGGCAAAAAUAA